CGCCGGCCGUGCGUAAAGCUCCCCUUCGCGCAGCUGCCCGGCUUCCUUCCCGCCGCCUGGAUCGGACCCGUGCAGUUCUGCAACUCCGGGCUUCCCUCCUCCCCUUCUCUUCUCCUUCUUUUCCCUUUCGCUUCCUUGCACGAAACUCUCGCUCCGGGAUGGUCGGGCUGUCAGCCUGCUUGCUAGCAGCCCUUCUGGUGCAGUGGAGGACUUCGGCGCCCGGGCAGGCUACUGCAGGAGACAUCAUUCAAAUAGAAACACCAACCAGCAAAGUAAAACAGUAUGCCUUAGCAACCCCGGUCAGCACGGAUGCGGACGGAAGCUACGUCUCCAACGUCGUAUCUGCAAGCCAGUUAAGAAGGCCCAGAAGGGACGUAUCCCCAAGCCCUAAAAAACUGUAUUUCAAUAUAUCAGCUUUUGGAAGGGAUUUCCAUCUUCGGCUGCGGCCGAACACUCGACUGAUAGCUCCUGGAGCAGUGGUGGAGUGGCACGAAGAUUCGGUGGAAAUUGGAAAUGGUACUAGCAAUGUUAAGACUGAGGGUGUCACAGACAGGAUAUGGAAAAAGGAACCACUUUGGACCAGUUGUGCUUACGUGGGAGACCUUGUGGAUAUCCCAGGAGCAUCAGUAGCUAUUAGCAACUGCGAUGGUCUGGCUGGAAUGAUUCGGACAAAUGAAGAUGAGUAUUUCAUUGAACCGUUGGAGAAAGGCAAGCAAAUGGAAGAAGAAAACGGGAGGGUUCAUGUACUCUACCGGAGGUCAGCAAUUGCACAGAUUCCAACAGAUGAACUCCCUGACUUCCACAGAGAAGAAGCUGAUUUUGGAGGCCUACAGAAUCUGGAUUCUGCUUCUGCAAGCCUAGAGCAGCAUCUGAACGAGACGUUGAGGCAACGGAGGCAUGCCGGAGAUGAUGACUAUAACAUCGAGGUCCUUCUCGGGGUGGACGACUCCGUGGUCCGGUUCCACGGCAAAGAACACGUUCAGAAUUACCUGCUCACUCUGAUGAAUAUCGUGAACGAAAUUUACCAUGACGAAUCCUUGGGAGUCCACAUCAACGUGGUGUUGGUGCGCAUGAUGAUGCUGGGCUAUGCCAAGUCCAUCAGCCUAAUUGAACGAGGAAAUCCAUCCAGGAGCCUGGAGAAUGUUUGCCGGUGGGCGUACCAGCAACAGAGGGCAGACCCGAAGCAUUCGGAGCACCACGACCAUGCCAUCUUUCUAACCAGGCAAGAUUUUGGCCCAGCUGGAAUGCAAGGGUAUGCUCCAGUCACCGGCAUGUGCCAUCCGGUCAGAAGCUGCACACUCAACCACGAAGAUGGGUUUUCUUCAGCUUUUGUAGUCGCCCAUGAAACUGGACAUGUGUUGGGAAUGGAACACGAUGGGCAAGGGAACCGGUGUGGGGACGAGACAGCCAUGGGGAGCGUUAUGGCUCCGUUGGUGCAAGCAGCCUUCCACCGAUAUCACUGGUCCCGCUGCAGCGGCCAGGAGCUCAAAAGAUACCUACACUCCUAUGACUGCCUCCUUGACGAUCCCUUUGAACACGAUUGGCCCAAACUUCCUGAGCUGCCGGGGAUCAAUUAUUCCAUGGACGAACAGUGCCGCUUUGAUUUUGGAGUGGGCUACAAGAUGUGCACAGCGUUUCGAACCUUUGACCCGUGUAAACAAUUGUGGUGCAGCCAUCCGGACAACCCCUACUUCUGCAAGACGAAGAAAGGGCCUCCGCUUGACGGGACAGAGUGUGCACCGAGCAAAUGGUGCUAUAAAGGUCACUGUAUGUGGAAGAAUACAAAUCAGCUGCAGCAAGAUGGCAACUGGGGAGCCUGGACGAAAUUCGGAUCCUGCUCGCGGACAUGCGGAACUGGUGUCCGCUUCAGAACACGCCAGUGCAACGAUCCCAUGCCUGUGAAUGGCGGUCAAGACUGUGCAGGCGUCAACUUUGAGUACCAACUGUGUAACAUGGAGGAAUGUCCGAAACAUGAAGACUUCCGAGCUCAGCAGUGUCAACAGCGCAACUCACAUUUUGAGUAUCAGAGCAGCAAACAUCACUGGCUUCCGUACGAACAUCCCGAAGCCAGCAAGAGGUGCCAGCUUUACUGCCAGUCCAAAGAGACGGGAGACGUAGCAUAUAUGAAACAACUGACCCACGACGGAACUCGCUGUUCAUACAAAGACCCCUUCAGCAUUUGUGUGCGAGGAGAAUGUGUGAAAGUGGGCUGCGACAAGGAAAUCGGGUCCAACAAAGCUGAAGAUAAGUGUGGAGUGUGCGGGGGAGAUAAUUCUCACUGCCGGACAGUAAAAGGGACCUUCACGCGAACCCCUAAAAAGCCUGGGUACCUUAAGAUGUUUGACAUCCCACCGGGUGCUAGACAUGUGUCUCUCCAAGAAGACGAGGCCUCACCUCACAUUCUUGCCAUUAAGAACCACGCGACUGGCCACUACAUUCUGAACAGCAAAGGGGAAGGAUCCACCUCUCGCACCUUCAUUGAUCUGGGCAUUGAAUGGGAGUACCGUAUCGAAGAUGACAUAGAAACUCUUCAUACCGAUGGCCCUUUACGUGAUGCUGUUGUCGUCCUGAUCAUUCCUCGGGACAACGACACGCAAUCCAGCCUGACUUACAAGUACAUCAUCCACGAGGAUUCAGUGCCCAACGUCAACAGCAACAAUGUCCUUCAAGAGGAACUGGACACUUUUGAGUGGGCUUUGAAGACUUGGUCCACAUGUUCCAAGCCUUGCGGAGGAGGUUUCCAGUUCACCAAGUACGGGUGUCGCAGGAAAAGCGAUAACAAAAUGGUCUUUCGUGACUUCUGUGAAGCCAGCAAAAAGCCUAAGCCCAUUCGCCGGAUGUGCAAUCUUCAGGAAUGCACGCAGCCAUUCUGGGUCUCAGAAGAAUGGGAAUACUGCACCAAGACUUGCGGGACCUCUGGUUAUCAGAUCCGAACGGUCCGUUGCGUUCAGCCGCUCCACGAUGGGUCGAACCGCUCAGUCCAUUUCAAAUACUGUAGCGGGGACCGCCCAGAGAACCGUAGACCUUGCAACCGAGCCCCAUGCCCUGCUCAGUGGAAAACCUGGCCCUGGAGUCCAUGUUCUGUGACCUGCGGCGAAGGGACUGAAUCCAGGCAGGUUUUAUGUCGGGCGGGCGACCAGUGCGACGGCGAAAAGCCAGAAUCCGUACGGGUGUGCAGGCUUGCUCCUUGCAACGAUGAACGUUGCCUGGGAGACAAGUCGAUCUUCUGCCAGAUGGAGGUGCUGGCCCGUUACUGCUCCAUCCCGGGCUACAGAAAGCUGUGCUGCGAAUCCUGUAGCAAGCACAGCAGCACUCUUCCGCCCCCUUUCCUUAGCGAAGCCGCCGAGACCGAAGAGGACAUGAUGGCUGACCCUGGAGACAUGCCCAAAACGUGGGUCGCUCCGACUUCUUUGGUCCUUCCUCGCUCAGAGUCUGCGCUGGUGAGACGAGUUCCGUUGAGCCAGAUCUCCCCUGCGGAAGAAGACACGCACGCGCUCGUUCCUCAGGCCUACGGCAGGGCCAAAGUGGCCGACCGACCCCAGAGGAGAGCUCACAACCGAGCAAGAAAUAAGACUUCUGGGCCCCGUGCAGUGCCCUAUCAGCUUCCUGCCAAGAGUGAGCACCUCAUAACCCACAAUUCCUCAACUUGGUUAGAUGAGCUUGCCCUGAUCCAGAGCAACCAGUCGACUGGUGCUCUGCCAAACAGAACCACAAGGAAAAAUGAGAAGCAAGUUGACAAGUGGCAGGCUCCAAGACCUUCCCCCGUGGAAAGAUGAGACAGAGCGCAAGUUAAAAGGGAGAGGACUCUUUGUUUCAGUUCCUUUGUUCCAGGUACCCAGGGUACACGGGAAGCUUUCCAAACACACAUUUUCUCGACAGAUUGACUGCUAAAAAGAAAAGAGGAAAGUGCUGGAUUCACUUUCCAGCGGCUUUCGUCCUUCCCUUUUUCCCUUCUUCCUCAUCUCCCAAUAUCUGGUUACCUUCAGCGCUUUGAAAUAAAGCACCAAAGAAAAGUGACACAAACGAGACGCUGAAUGGGUCUGGCUACGUUUCUGGUGCUCAGAAAUCUACGUUGCACAUCAGCUGCUUUUUUUUUAAUUAUUAUGAUUAAUUUAAAAAAGAAAGAAAUUUAAUUUGGGGGGUGGGGGGGGCGUGGGGAGGGAAGCUGCC